AUGCAAUCUCGGAUGGCCAAUUUCACCAAUUACCAAGGAGGCAAGCCUGUAAUGUUGGUGCUAGAGACGCAGCAGAGGAACGCCGCGAACGUAGACGGUUCGGCCGGGGAACCCCAUUCCCCGUUAAUGAACAUCAGCGGCGGCUCACGUUCCCAUCAGUUGCCGCCCUCUUACCAUCACCACCACUUUGAGCCGCAGUAUCACUAUGAGUUGGCGUCGCAUCUCCAUCUUCACCCCAAUCUCUCUGCGGACGUCGCAGAGGAGUCCCCGGGGCGAAAAUCGUCAUCGCCCCCCGCUGCCAGCGCCAGCCAAGUUUACGCAGCCGUCGGCUCGUCCAACUCACCAGACGCAGCCGACGACAUCCGAAAGUGUGGCUACCUACGAAAGCAGAAGCACGGACAUAAGCGGUUUUUUGUACUUCGGGCUUCCAGCCACCUGGGUCCCAGCCGGCUGGAGUACUACGACAGCGAGAAGAAAUUCCGAAGCAGCCUACGCGGGGGAACCGUGGGACCUUCUUCACCGAAAAGGGUGAUUUACCUCUACCAGUGCUUCACUGUCAACAAAAGGGCCGACUCCAAAAACAAACACCUCAUUGCUCUUUACACUAAGGAUGAGUACUUCGCUAUUGUAGCAGAAAACGAGCAGGACCAGGAGGACUGGUACGUAGCUGUCAGCGAAUUGAUGAGCGAGGGCAGAAAGGGGCAUUUGAUCGCGGACGAUUUAGACGACGGAUACGGUACGGUCACCCCCGGUACGGUUUUCAAGGAGGUGUGGAAUGUCAACGUCAAACCCAAAGGUCUGGGUCAAACUAAAAACCUCACUGGCUUGUUUCGCCUUUGUCUCUCAUCCAAAACCCUUCACCUGGUCAAGCUGAACUCCGACACCCCCUGCUUUAACCAGCACUUGAUGAACAUCAGGCGCUGCGGACACUCGGAAAGCUUCUUUUUCAUCGAGGUGGGUCGUUUUUCGUCGACCGGACCGGGGGAGUUGUGGAUGCAGGUGGACGACUCGGUGGUGGCUCAGAAAAUGCACGAGACUAUCCUGGACACGAUGAAGGCCCUGAAGGCAUUCGCCGAACUCAGGCCGAGGAGUAAGAGCCAGUCGUCGGGUUCUAACCCCGUGUCGUUUAUCACCACGCGUCGCCACCUGAGCAAUCUCCCGCCGAGUCAGACCGGGCUGCAGCGGCGGUCCAGGAUGGAGUCGCUUGUGGGAACGCCGCCGUCCAGCAAGAGCUCCGGCAGCAGCGGUUAUCGCUUCCGAACAUCUAGCGAAGGGGAGGGGACUAUGAACCGGCCGUUUCGUUCCAUCACGGGAAGCCUGCUCCACCUCAGUUCGGCGCGUCCUCAUCACAUCCGCGCAGAGGGAGGUCCGACCUCGAGUAGCGGUGCACCAACAGGAAGCGCCGGGGGCGGGCGCAACGUUCGGGCCGCUCCUGGUCCUUCGUCCUCAACUCACAAUUCCCGCUCAGCUUCUUUGCCGAUGUCUCACUUCCCUUCCACCACGAGCCCCGUCAGCGUUUCCUCCAGCAGCGGCCACGGUUCCGUCUCCGACACGCUGACCCGCCCGUCCAGCGCCUCAAUAUGCGGAUCUCCAUCCGACGGCGGCUUCAACUCCUCGGACGAGUACGGAUCCAGCCCCGGUGACUUCAGGUACUUCCGCGUCCGCAGUAACACCCCCGAUUCCCUGGGUAACACCCCUCCGAUCAGAGAGGAGAACUGCCUGAGCGACUACAUGGCCGUGGGCUGGAACAGGGAGGUGUUCGGCACCAGCGCCGGUUCCUGGAGCAGCAGCGGCGCCGAAACGACUCGAGACGAGAGCACGUCAACCACCGAGGACGAGCGCGUUACGUCAUCUUCGCAAAGGAGGAGGAGAAGCGGCGGGCCCGGAGUGCUGGUGAAUCCCAAAAUAACUCAAACCCAUUUUUCGUUAGAAGAAGGGGCCGAUGCCACCUCCUGCUCCGAGCACAGCCAGCAGAGUCGGCCCUCGGCGCCAUCCCAAGCGGAAUCCGGCGGCGAACAACCUUCAGCCAAAGAAGACAGCGGCUACGUGCCCAUGAUGUGCGGCGUGGCGACGUCGCCGAGAGACACGCCUUCUGACUACAUGCCGAUGCAGCCCAGCUUUCAGGUUUCCCACACUCAUGUGUAUCACAGCCCCGCUGUGGCUCCCCGGUCAGCCCAGCGCCAGUCACAGUCAUCCACCGACACCCACGGCUACAUGAUGAUGCUCCCAGGGUGCGGCGGUAGCUCUCCCUCCCCUGUCCAGGCUACCCACGGCGGGGCCAGUGCGAGCGGCUUUGACGCCAGACCCGACAACGGACAAUACAUGGACAUGUCAUCCAGCACGGGUGGGAACCGCAAGCCGGAAAGCGCCGUCGGGUAUUACCCCAACACCCCCGCCUGGAGGUCUUUCAGCCCUUAUUUCUCCCUGCCCCGCUCCUACAAGGCCCCAUCCAGAGAGAGGGAUGAGAAGGAGUACGACGACUACGUUCCUAUGAAUUCCCCUGCCAAGCCCGUCCACCAUUCAGUCCCCGCGCCUGAGAGAAGGGGCGGUAGUUCCGCCAACAUACCGCCGCAUCCGCCCCCACCUUACGGAGCUCACCACACGGUUGCCGACAGCCGCGUCUCGAGACCCAACCGGCUCCCUUUAGGCAGGAGAAGUUUCCACGGUCCGCUGCGAGUCGGCGAGCCCGCCGCCUCGGCCCCCGCCGCCAGCACCUCAUCUGAUAGGCCUCCGAGUCCUGGGGAAUAUAUCAAUAUUGACUUUGGUGAUCAUUAUCCCCGUCAGCAGCAGGCCCCUCCUUACGCCCUUUCCACUCAAGACGAAGAGACAUCCUCAAGGGACUACCGUCAAACCCCACCCUUGCCCCAAACCAGUCAGGAUUAUAUGAGCAUGGAAACUGGGCGUGACCAUCAGGAAAGCAACGAGCGCCUGGGUAAGAGCGUCUCACCCCGACCCAGCCUCGUGGCACCCUGGAACCCGCCCAGCUAUAUCCGACCCUUGGCUACCAAUCCUAGCGCUCUUGCCUCUCCGGCCGGAAGUCACUGGGGGUCUGCGGGUGACGACUACACCGUUAUGACAUUCAGCAAGGGCGACAGGAUUCGCACUAGCCCCACUGCCAUGCUGCAGCAUCUCUCCGUGAUGGAGGACCGCUACAGUCACGACGCUGUAUCCCCUACGUUACCCCCGAGGCUCCCGGAAAGGCCGCCGGAGCCAAAGGUCAUCCGGGCCGACCCGCAAGGCAGGAGGAGACACAGUUCCGAAACCUUCUCUUCCACUUCCUCCCCGGGUUCGACGCCUUCUACCAACCACCCGACACUGGUGACCUCAAACAGUUCGCACUUGCCAGACGGCCAAGCCUCCAGAUGCGCGGCCUCGGCGUCCUUCGACAGCGUGUGGAUGUCCGUGAAAAGCCACGGGGAUCCUCCGGUCGACGAGUUCUACGCGGCAGGAACGGCGACCGUCCCUUCGACUUCCUCCGGCAGAAUGUACGCAAACGACAUGUCGGCAGAAUACCAAAACGGCCUUAACUACAUCGCCUUGGAGCCGAAAGAGUCCGCGGAUGUCGGAGAGAGCGCCGCGGUACCAGAAAGCGAGGCCUACGCCAGUCUGGACUGCCCCAAACCUGAUGCGGUUUCCUCAACAACUAAGGGUGAGUACAAGAUGACUCUUGACAAGGUGACAAUGCUGGAACUUCUGUUUGGUGCUGUUCCAGUGACAUUUACAAAGGUGACUGCCUGA